GGCCAUCGGCUCAGAGGAUGACAUUUGUCACAGUUCUAACUCCACCUACCAAAUGGCGAGCAGCUCUCUCCGGGCCGACCAGGAGGCGCUGCUGGAGAAGAGGCUGAACCAGCCGCCCCCUGGCCUGCAGAGGCCCGAGGAUCGCUGCAACGGCACCUACCUCAUCUUCUUCAGCCUGGGUAUCGGCGGCCUCCUGCCAUGGAACUUCUUUGUCACUGCCAAGGAGUACUGGAUGUUCAAACUCAGCAACUCCUCCAACCCAGCCGUGGGGCAGGACCCCGAGGGCUCAGACAUCCUGAACUACUUUGAGAGCUACCUUGCCAUCGCCUCCUCCGUGUCCUCCGUGCUGUGUCUCGUGGCCAACUUCCUGCUUGUAAACAGGGUUUCAGUCCACGUCCGCAUCCUGACCUCGUUGGCCAUCAUGCUGGCCAUCUUCGUGGUGAUGACUGUGCUGGUGAAGGUGGACACCUCCUCUUGGACACGUGGCUUCUUUGCCAUCACCAUUGUCUGCAUGGUGAUGAUCAGCGGUGCUUCCACCAUGUUUAGCAGCAGCGUCUACGGCAUGACUGGCUCCUUCCCCAUGAGGAAUUCUCAGGCACUGAUAUCAGGAGGUGCCAUGGGUGGCACCAUCAGCGCCGUGGCCUCGCUGAUGGACCUGGCCCUGGCCAGCGACGUGAGGAACAGCGCCCUGGCCUUCUUCCUGAUGGCCACCAUCUUCCUUGGGCUGUGCACGGGCCUCUACUUGCUGCUUCCCAGGCUGGAGUAUGCCAGGUACUACCUGAGGCCCAUCUGUCCAGCCCACGUGUUUUCUGGUGAAGACGAGCUGCCCCAGGACUGCCCCGGUGCCCCUCUGGUGACCCCUGGACCCAGCGACCCCCACACCCCAGCCCUGUGCCCCAUCCUGAAGAAGACAGCCAACCUGGGGUUCUGUGUCUUCUGCGUCUUUUUCAUCACCGGCCUCGUCUACCCCGCCGUCUGCACCAACAUCGAGUCCCUCCACAAGAGCUCAGGCUCACUGUGGACCACCAAGUUCUUCGUCCCCCUCACCAUCUUCCUCCUGUACAACGUGGCUGACCUGAGCGGCCGGCAGCUCACAGUCUGGGUCCAGGUGCCAGGGCCCAAGAGCAAGGUGCUCCCGGGGCUGGUGCUGCUCCGGACCUGCCUCGUGCCCCUCCUCGUGCUCUGUAACUACCAGCCCCGCGCCCACCUGCGGACUGUGGUCUUCCAGUCUGACAUCUACCCUGUCCUCUUCUGCUCCCUGCUGGGGCUCAGCAAUGGCUACCUCAGCACCCUGGCUCUCAUCUAUGGGCCUAAGAUCGUGUCCAGGGAGCUGGCCGAGGCCACGGGCGUAGUGAUGUCCUUUUAUGUGUGUGUGGGCUUGAUGCUGGGCUCGGCCUGCUCUGCCCUGCUGGUGCACCUCAUCUAGGAGAGGUGCUGCAUGAGGCUUCGGAGCCUCUGGAAGAUGGGGAGAGAGUGCAGGAGAGCUCAGGGGCAUGGAGGAAGGGGCUAGAGUUGGGCUUGCUGCAGGCAGCUAAUGCACCCACUUCAUCUCCCGAGACGACAGUGAGCCGCGUCCAUGCCUGUCCUGUGGAAGGCAGAGACAUUCCAGACACGGUAACAGAACACUCCUGAAGCAUUUGAAGAAGACACGGAUGCAGAGCAGGGUAUCAUCACCUUCAGAGCUGAUGGUUCGCUUGCCACCCUCUUUCCAGGCCCUGGAAAAGUGUCACCAGUGUUUGACUGAGUUGUUACAAAGCCAGUGCCAGUACCCGGCUGCGGGCUCUUUGCGUUCUCCCAGCAGUGUUCCUUCCAGCUGACAGGAUACUAGAGGAUGCUCAGUUCUCAGGAGGGGGUCCCCCUGGGAUGGCCAGCCCUCAGUCUGCCGACCCAAGAGUGUAUAGGUGUAUAGGGCAUUUGGUGAGGCAGAGACUGCCCACCAAGACUGGAAAAACCAGAAAGAUGAGCUUCCAUGAAGCUUCAUUCCAGAGGGACCAGAGGGUCUCCCUGUGCAAGAACCCAGCCGGACAGGCUUGGGUUUUCAAACCGGGAUCCUGUGGCCUCGCGGUCUGUGGCCGGGGUCAGGGUGGGGUUUUUAAUGGUCAUGAGGACAUGUCAGGGCCAUUGGCUCAAGGCAUAAUAAACCCUUGAGCACUUGC